UUUAUCACUGGAGAUUGGCUGUAUAUCCCUGGCUUCAUCCAGCUGCCUGUUAACGGAGACAUGUAUAUUCAAACAUAUAUACAUUAGUCUGUCCCACCCCUUCGCAGUGGUGAAACCCGUGUUGAUAUAUUGUGACAAGAGGUAAAAACGCAGCUAUAGCCCACCACUAGCGAUAGGAUAGAACAGCCAGUCAAGUGAGAGAGUGCUGAACAAACACAGCGAAAUUGGUAUUGCUCUGUGACAGAGUCGCUGAGCAGAAACCUCGUGGCAGGGAUCAGUGACAACAUUGACAAAGGGACCCGACAGGUGUGCUGAUCGCUGGACCUAAAUCAGAGCGAGAACAAGGAAUUAUCGAGGGGUGGGUUUUUUGUGUGGUUUUUUCUGUUCCUGUUGUGAGUCGAAUUCAAAAGUGAUUGAAGGUUGCCUGGAUGGACCGUUAUCUACAAAACUGGUGCUCACUGUCUAUGCAAGGAAAAUUGAACGAGAAAAAUAUCAAGUACAACAGAUUCUACCACUGAUCACUGAUGAAUAGGGCACAAUGAUGUCGUAUUUGGGAUAUUUCAGGUUUUUUUGGCAAUAGUAAAAAUUUCAAUAAACCUAAAGGCUUGAGCUUUAGCCAGGUAUAUCUGAAGAUAAAGUCUGACAGACAGUUGAAAUAAUACAAGUGUAAAUGAUGAUGACAUAAUUGUCUGUUAUCAGUAUACUCACACAGUCAGUCAUAAGACUGACAGUUAACAUAAAGCAGAACUGAAGCCAAUAAUUGAGUGUCACAAAUAAUGAACUGAUGAUCGGAAUAAUUCAUUAUAACUCACAAAUUUAAGUCUUAAAUCACAGAGAGACUGGCAGUUUUGACAAGAGUUGGUGCCCAAAGCUGAAAAUAUACCAUGACCAAACGGUCCUUCUUUCGAUCUGUGUCUUUCAAUCGUUUUGUACUCCUCCUGUGUGGUUUGUACAUUUCGAUGGUGUUUGUCUUCCAUAAUCAGUUGUACAGAGGAACCACAGCAAAUGUGGAAGAGAGAAGACCAACUUCGGAGAAUCUUGUACGAAAAGACGUUAUUCUGAACACAAGUGUUGAAGGUCUGAAAGACUGGGUGAAACAUUACAACAAUGUCAAGGACUUGGCUAGGAAGAUUUCAAAGCUCGAGACUGAGGUUGCGCACAUAAGAGGAGAAUUAAUUAUUCAACAGCCCAUCCAGCAUGCUGGAAAGAAAAAAGUGGAUCAAGGAAAGCCACUGCCCAAAGUAGUCCUCAAUUCUACCAUUGGUUAUUGUUUCAAGGAACCGACAGAUGUAAAAGACAACAAAUUUCAAGAAAUCUCUCCAGAUGUCUUUGUGUAUUCUGCUUAUUUCGACAACAGGAAAAGUGAGCAUUUUAUUCGUCUUAUUGUCCUCAUGCCUAAGGAUAAGAUCAAAAAGAUUUCUUUGUUUUGCCAUUUUAGAAGUGGCACACAGACGUACGCUGUUGAAAAGGCCAUUCCUUACGAAAUGUGUGAGAAUCACAACAAACAGUAUGGUGGUCACAUAUUUUCCUGCAAGACAUCUAAUGUUCAGGAUCUGUGUCCGUUUUCUGUUUCCACUGACUCAAGUGAACCAGGUACCAGGAUCUCUAUCAUUAAAGGACCACAGAGUCCACCAAGGCACCAGUUUGGAAUCUGCAUCCCACCUCUGUUUGGCAAUCUGAAGCAAGAGAUUCUGAUUGAGUUUGUGGAACUAUCUCGGAUUCUAGGAGCCGAGUACUUUUAUUUCUACAAUCACAACAUCUCUCCUGAUAUGAAAAUGGUGCUAGACUACUACCAGACUAAAAACCUGACAACUGUCAUUCCCUGGAUGCUGCCGGACCGUGUUGCAGACAAGCUAAUCUGGUACCAUGGUCAACUUCUGGCGCACAAUGACUGUUUGUACAGGUCUAUCACAAUGCUGUCUUUUCUGGCUAUACAUGACGUGGAUGAAUUUAUUGUUCCACACACAUCGGCUAAGACAUGGCAAGAAUUUCUGCCACCGUUGCUAGGCAAUCACUGUGGAUUUACAUUCAAAAGUUCAUUUUUUGAUCCAAGCUUGUCAACUCCUUAUGUGUCUCCUCUGUUGACUAUGGCAAAGACAGUCCGAUCUCCCAUGAGUAAUGUUCGUAAAAAAGUGAUGGUCAGCCCAAGGCGGGUGUUUGAAGUUGGCAUUCAUCACAUUAGCAAACAAAACGAGGAGCAGUGGACACCCUUAGAGAUCAAGUCCGACUUGGCCUUUUUGCACCAUUACAGAAAGUGCAUAGGGAACUAUGGAAUGAAAUGUCAGAAGACUGUCGUUGAUGAAACUGUGCCAUUCAAAUACGGCGCUGUUCUUGAGAAAAGCUUUAAUCUAGCUAUCAAAGAGUUGAAGCAGUUUGAACAGCAGACACGAUCUCUUUCUUGAAAUGCCAUAUUUAUUCAAUAUAUAUGUAUACAAAUUGUUUAACAAACAUGUUACUGCCAUAAUAAUGAUGAUGAUGAUGAUGAUGAUAAUAUAACUUAUAAGGUUUUUUUGUGUUUUUUUAAACAUUCAGUUAAAGCAAAUAAUGACUACGACAUUUUGCUGACAGAGGGGAUCAAUUAACUUCAAGUUAAAUAUUUUGUAACAGAACAUACAAAAUUUACUUGAUAUUCUAUUUUGAAAUUACUUUUGAAAAGAAAAAUGAGACAUGUUUGAGUUUUUUCUCUCUCUGUUUCACAUAAUCAAAAGCUAUGCAUAUGAUAGUUUUGUAGCAUAUAUACUUGUAGAGUAUGGUAAAACCACUGAGUUUUAGAGUCAUGUUAGGGCCAUUUUCCAUGUGAGUGGGGUUUUGUGAAGUGGCACAGGUGUAUAUACUAAGUGUGGGCACGAUUACCAAAAGCCCAUAUCAUGCAUAUGGAAAUGCUGCAUAGCAUAAAAUUGAUUUGUUAAUGCUUCUGUUUUCCCCAGUCUGUGCCCAUGCCAACCAAAAAUGCACACAUGAAAAACGGCCUUUAAUUAAAUGGAUACAGAUUUGGAAUCCCACUGCCCAAGUUCAACCUCAGAAUGAAUGUAGCUGCUGUUAAUAGUAAUACGCUCAAUGCGUAGGUGCAAGCUUUACAUACUGACCAAUGCUCCAUGGCUGGUACCGGUACCAGUCUAUCAGUCUGGUGAUUUUGUAUACAUUUCUUUUUGUAUGAUAUUUCAGAAAGACUGGUCAUUUAUUUGAAUUAGGUUGGAGAAUAACUUCAAGAAGAAAACUGACAUUUUAUUUUAUGUUCUCAUUGCAUAUCAAACAUGCCAUACAAUAAAUAACGUACAAUGUUUAUAAUAUGUGACCAUAUCUGCAAAAAAUUAUACAGAUGAGAAAACCUAAAAACAUUUUAGCAUUUAAUUGAUGACCACAGGUUAAAAGUAUCCAAUGUCUACACAAUUUGGUGCAUAGAUAUAUGUGGCAUGUGGAAUUUUGAACAUGUACUAAUGAUGAGAGUUAUUUCUAUUUUUAAAAGAGUUAGACUGUAAAGAGUUCUAUAAUAGUAUUUUUGGCAAUUAAAAUAGCCAAACUAGCUAUCAUUUAAUCAUUAAAAUAUAACAAACAGAUGAUAACUACAGAAACACACUUUAAUUUUGAUGUACCAUAUAAUAUAUCAAAGUUAAAAGUUUGUUUUGUUUAACGACACCACUAGAACACGCUGAUUUAUUAAUCAUUGGCUAUUGGAUGUCAAACAUUUGGUAAUUUUUACAUAUAGUCUUAGAGAAGA